UGGUUGAAAAUUGAUGAAAAAACCGAGUGAUUGCGCAUGUGUACAAAUAGGCUCCUCCGAUACUAGUUAUUCAUAUUCUAAACGAUUCCAAACUAAGAUCCGGAGUCCGAAACAACACGUUGAUUUUCGCUAAGUACCCAGAGACCUGUAAAUAAGACCAUGAUCAUUCCUGUGCGAUGCUUUACAUGUGGCAAAGUUAUAGGAAACAAAUGGGAAGCAUACCUAGGUUUACUACAGGCUGAAUAUACUGAAGGAGAUGCCUUAGAUGCCUUGGGUCUAAAGAGAUAUUGCUGUCGCAGGAUGCUUCUUGGACAUGUGGAUCUAAUUGAAAAAUUACUCAAUUAUGCACCACUGGAGAAAUAAUGUCCAUUCAGAUCUCCAUAUCUUUAAUUUCUAUACAGAAUUUUAUUGGUCAAUGAUGAUGCCUCAAUAAUUUGAUAAAUUAAAUUAUCUUAAUGCAAAUCAGUGAUGCAUAUAAAUUGUAUGAACAUCUUUCAAAGAGAAUGAUAUUUUAUUGGAACUAUAUAAUUCCAUUAUAAUAUAAUUAAGUGUAAAUAAAAAAUCUACUUUAUAUAAA